AUGGACGAGCCUGCUCGCACCCCGAGCGACGACGACGAGAGACGGCCGGACGGCCCAGUUGCUGGCAGUGAACUGCCGCCGAGGGAACCGGGUCGCCGCAGCCAGGUGAGCGUCGCCAUAAACGACAACCAAGUCCCACCUCUCAUGACGGCAUCCAUGAUGGACAUGCCCAUUCUCGUCGAUGCAUCAUCGAGCCCGGCAUCUCCCGGCCAAGAUGGCGCCGAAAGCGGACAGGCAAAGCCCUCGUCAUCCUUUGUGCCUCCCACACGACCGAGCAGCACACCUUUCCCCCACCCCGAGAAUCGAAGCCAGCAAGUGUGCUGCCUCGCCGAAUCGGACAUGGAUCCGAACGCAAACCUGUCCCGCCCAACUCUCCCCGUCACUGACCAAUCUCCACCCUCCCGCUCCGAAGCGGUCCAGUUCGAGGAACUGCCCAUGGAGGUCCACGAGGCCAUCGUCGACCAUCUCUUCGGCUUCCGCAUCUCCCCGACGUCCAACAGCGCGACGAGGAUCGCGAGCUUGACAAAGAGCUGGGGCAGCGCCCUGCGCCAUUCACGCCGCCGGGAACUUUCCAGCCUUGCUUUGGUCAACAAGCGGUGGACCUACUUGAUCCAGCAGAGACUGUACCGCCAUAUCAAGCUGAAGGCGACGGUCGACUACGUCGAGGAUGCCAUCGUCCACUUUGCCACCCGCCAGCAUCUCGCCCCGUACGUGAAGCAUGUCGAGAUAUGGUUCCCCGUCUUCCAACCAAUGUACGGCCCUCUCGCCACCUCGGCCGCCAUGACCCUGCCGACGGUUACCUCGAGCGGGUUGACGAAUGCGACCUACGCCCUGCCGUCCGACAACUGCACGCUCGAAGAGGUCUUUCGAUUCAUCACCUUGAUACUACCAGAGGCCCAGGUUCUGACCCUCGAGGGGGGCGAGAGACGAAAGGCGCCGAUGGUGGCCCAUUUCAACAACAAACGAGGCCAGGACACGCACGCGGCCAAGGCCCUGCGGCCGAUUCAAUCGGUCCGCACCUUGGUCACCGGCGGCCAGUGGAACCUGAUGCGCGCCAAGGAAGACAUGGCCAACAUCAUGCAGGCGCUGCCCAACCUCGAAGAGUGGCAGGCCUCCUACAGCAGACCCAAGUCCAAGAGCUACAUCACGCUGUCCGAGUAUAUCGAGGCCCUUCCGCCCCGUGUUAAAAGGUUGAAUUUAUGCAUGGAGAACGAUUAUCGGCGAGAGUCCCUCACCCCCAGCUUCUACACAAAAGUCAUCAUGCGCACCCAUAUCUGCUGCGGUCUCGGCCAGAUUGUGCCCCAGCUGGAGCAUUUCUCGUAUACCGGACGAGUUUGUCACGUCAUGUUUGAUCAAGCCGCGCGCCUCGGCAACCCGGUCGAGUCGAGGCUUCGCUCUGUCGACUUGACCGUCAAGAACUGCUGUCGUGAUGUUGACCAUCCGCACGACUUCGUCGGCUCCGGCUCCGGCAUCCACGAGAUGGGCUUCAUCGACUCGUUCGAGCUGCUCGUCGUCUCGGCCAUCCGAUUCCUCGAAAAGCACAAGUUGCUCCAGUUCCUGAGGAUCCGCUUCGUCGAUCUGGACUCCCUGUUACCGCCUCUGAAUCCAUACUUCAUGCUUCAGCAAGGGAAAUGCACGGGCGUCUGGAGCAAUGCCAUCAUUGCCGAGAUGGCCCGCGUCAGGCCCAGCGCGACCUUUGCCGAGCUGAGCGAGACCUUUGGCAACAUUUCCUUCAGCAAGGAGGGGAGAAUGAUCAUGUAUCCCGAGAAACCACCGGGACGGAUCUCAUCGUUGAAGCUUAGCAAUUACCAAACUCUCGCCAACGGAAUGCCGAUCCAUUAG